AUGGCCAAAAUGUUUGAAUUCAAUAAAUAUGGACACAAAGACCCGUUUGAUAUCAGUUUCUGUAAUUUAGACCCAAACGGACUUAUGAUGCGAUUAAUGGAUAAUUACUUUCAAAAACACCCACUCAUUGAGUACUACAUAAACACUACUUCCGAUUCAUACCUCAAUCAUUUUGAUUGCAAUAAACUCUGUUAUAUAUGUCCACAAGCGGUGGAACCGCUGGACACCUAUGACAACGACACCAUCUACAUACUGCCCGGUGUCUGUCAUCACCGCAUGGAUCUGCCGCUCUCUAUGAUGCGUGUCCGACACGAAGGGAUUCCUAUGAAGCGGAUCCCAGUCGAAGAGUACGGUACACUUAAAGGCAACUAUCACUUAGAGUUGUCCAACACUCUGGAGAUAAUGUCGUAUUUUCGCGAUCAUAAAGAUAUGAGAAAAGCGUUGGAAAUAUAUUUACCGCAAACUGUGUGGAAGACCGGCGAAGACCUGGAGCACGAGGACGAGGAUGUGAUCCGACGAUUACUAAAUAUAUCUCGAGGAAUACCCCCUUCAUUGGCCGCAUCGACACAUUCCUGUCCCAAAUUAAACUCCCGUACGAUUGCAUCCAAACUCUUUGCACGUAUAGCAGCGGUUAGGGCACUGGUAGCGCUGAGAUUGGGGUCGGCGGUGGCGGGCAAUGAUUGGCGCACUCUUCGCAUAAACGCCUCAUUACUGAGCAGUGGUUGCAUGUUGGGCUAUAGCUGUGAUCAGUUACCGGAACUGAUGGACAGAGAUGUCAGACAUAUACCACAAAUAAUGUACAAAAACCCAUUUGCAUACCUGUGCUCGCAGUGGAUGGAGUGGUUGAAGUGGAUGGUGUGGAUGGAGUGGAUGGUGUGGGCGGAAGGUUGA